AUGCCCGUAACGAAGCCAAGAGAGAUGAAAACAUCAGCAGCACGGCGAGUCAUCGACCCGAUAGACUCAACGGUGGCGACGAGUGGAUGGACUUGCACAAAUUGUUCAGUGGAGGUCCCUAAAGAAGAAGCCUUCUGCAAGAUAUGUUCCUUCGCACGCCCGAUGGACCGUCACGGUGUACCACAGAUCUUUACCGACCUUACCAUAACCUUCAACGGCAUAAUUCCACGUAGUGUGAAGCACCAAAGUCACUCCGUUGAGUGGCGGAUGGCUGAGCGGCAUGGAGCAACGUGCAUGGUGGAGCUUGACUUCGGUCGAGUGAAUGUGUUGGUGUAUCGUCCAGGAUACGAACGAAGUGAGAAGGUUCGAAAAUGUGUGGAAGCGGGACGUGGUGUUUUUGUGGUCCCCAUCACGUGGAUGCUGGACUGCUUGCUUCAAUCGCGCCAGAUUCACCCAUCUCUCUUCCAUUUGGCCGCCAUUCCCCUUGUACCGCAACCCACCGUAAAAGGGAUGGACCUUCCGCACCAUCACCAUCCAUAUUAUGUUAUGAAUGUCAAGGAAUACACGCUUGCCGCCGCCGGGAGAGCGGUAGCUGAUGGGGCAAUCGCUGCGAGAGAAGUGGUUACUUCCCCCGAAAACAUGAAGCUUCCGCCAACUUUUCAGAUACCAGAACUACGAUAUACGAACAUAGACAUCUACGAAGCUGUUUGCAGUGCUGCCGGAGAGGGAAGGCUAGUGGAGAAGGAAGAUGAACACUCCGAUGACGUCCGUGAAGGUCGGAACCGAGCUACCGAUAUAGAAGUGUUCAAAGGUGAUCAGCGCAACAACCGUGUGAACAAUGCUCUUUUCAGCGGCAUCAAAUUCCUUCUGACACCUGUACUUGAAUCCAACCCGUUGGUUGUUAAAGCGCUCGUCGCGUGCGGAGGAAGAGUAAUCAUAUCUUCACACGGGAAACUUGGGGAGCUGCUGAGGAAUUCCACUACUCACGUGUUGUAUGAUCACAGUGAAAAAAAGUGCCCCAUAUUGAUCGAGGCAGCUCAUGUGAAGAAGACGGUUCCAGGUCUAAUCCUGGUACAGUCGAAUUGGGCGGAAGAUUGUAUGAUAUUCAAGGAGCUGAUUCCACCGUAUGGACCGUACGCUCCUUCAGCAAAGCUCAUGGAGACGCUUGAGAAAAAAUACAAGAAGCGUGCAGCGGCUUAA